UGUGAAUUCUCGCAUUUGGCUUCCACCACCAUUUUCAACCGGCCCUAAAAGCUUGAAUCGAAGAGGCUAAGAGACGGCGCCGCCGCUGUCCACCUCGACAUAGCCACUGCUACAGUGCUACGUCUUGGCCCUCGUUUUUGCAUCUCUUCCUCUCAUACACCUAGGGUUGCGUACAUACUCAUAUAUCUAGAUUCAGUUUCUCUGUAUUUAGGCACAUACAUUUUGUUUCUUCUAGCUGACAGAAAUGGCACCUAAGGUAUCAAAGGCCGAUAAGAAAAUCGCUUACGACAAGAAGCUCUGCAAUUUGCUCGAUGAGUACACACAGGUGUUGGUGGCGGUGGCGGACAACGUCGGCUCCACUCAGCUGCAGAACAUUCGGAGCGCGCUUAGGGGAGAUUCGGUGGUUCUGAUGGGUAAAAAUACUAUGAUGAAGAGGUCGAUCCGAAUCCACUCUGAGAACACUGGGAACAAAGCUAUCCUUGCCCUAAUUGAUCUCCUUGUUGGGAACGUUGGACUAAUCUUCACUAAGGGUGACUUGAAGGAAGUGACUGAAGAGGUUGCCAAGUUCAAGGUUGGAGCACCUGCUCGUGUUGGUUUGGUAGCCCCGAUUGAUGUCAUUGUCCCACCUGGGAAUACGGGUCUCGAUCCGUCGCAGACAUCUUUCUUCCAGGUUCUUAACAUUCCCACCAAGAUUAACAAGGGUACUGUCGAAAUCGUCACCCCUGUGGAGCUCAUCAAGAAGGGUGACAAAGUGGGUUCAUCUGAAGCUGCACUUCUUUCGAAACUCGGAAUCAGGCCAUUCUCUUAUGGUCUAGUUGUCACCAAGGUUUACGACAACGGUUCCGUUUUCAGCCCUGAGGUUCUUGACUUGACCGAAGAUGACUUGAUUGGCAAGUUUGCUAUGGGUGUUUCCAUGGUUACCUCGUUGGCUCUGGCCAUCUCUUACCCAACCCUAGCUGCUGCACCGCAUAUGUUCAUCAAUGCGUACAAGAAUGUCUUGGCUGUGGCCGUUGCAACUGAUUAUUCCUUCCCACUUGCCGAUAAAGUCAAGGAGUAUCUUGCUGACCCUAGCAAGUUUGCUGUUGCAGUCGCUGCUCCUGCCGCUGCUGGUUCGGGUGCUGCACCUGCUGCUGCUGCCGCCAAGGAAGAGGAGAAGAAAGAAGAACCUGCCGAUGAAUCAGAUGAUGACCUUGGUUUCAGUCUUUUCGAUUAAGUUUAAUGUUUGUGCCGUUUAAUGACUUUCCCGUAUCAAUUUUUGCAAUUUGACUUGUUUAUUUUUUGUGGAUGUUAGUUUUCUCAGUUUCUCGACUGUGUUUUUAUUUAAGACCGUAUUUUGCAGUUAUAUGUUCUAGAUAUUAUUGCAUUUUUGCUUA